AUGACAUUUCGUUCGUUUAUCCUGCAAAUGGAUUUUACACCACCGACUCACACUGAGGUUUGGGCCCCGAUGGCCGUUCGUGGUGGCAGACAAAGAACUCAGUAUAUUUCAACGGUCGAUGCUAUGGAAUCAAUUGUUUCUCUCAAAUUCAUAAGCUCAACCGAAAUAAACCCAGUAUCAUCAAACAAGCAAAAAAUUGAGAAACGAUUGAACGAUUUAAUACGAGAAAAAACAUCACCAUAUUCGUUGUUACUAUAUGAGUUAAGGAGCCUCUUUCAAUCAUAUGGUGUUGAUAAUAUUGAAUGGACGGAUCCUCUUAGUUUUGGUUGUAUUAUCGAUAGAGACUCUGAUAUGAUUUUUGGAAAGUUACCGGAAGAUCAGAGAAAGAAUUUAAGAGAAAUCUUAGAUUUACCAUAUCAUAAAUUUGAAAUAAGUCCAAUUAUUUCUGAAUUGGUUAAAGUUCUAUUAGAAAGAUCGAAAAGUUUAAACAAAAGAGAGAUGAUGGUUUCUCUUCCGCCUAUAUCGAUGGACUUUCAAGGAAAUGAUGAGGAAUUUGAAGAUAUAUAUGUGAUGUAUAGAAUUAUAGAUUCAAUACGACAUAUCUGGUGCCACUUUAAAGACGAAAAUAAGGCUGAAUAUACGGAGGGAAUGUAUAUUAUUCGAAUAGUAUCAAGCUUUCUUGGUCCAUUAUUCUGCUAUGAAAAUGCCAAACUUAAAAUUAUCUGGGCUGAAGAAGUCUCGGAAGCAUCCCAACGUCGGAUGGAUGAUUCCGGGGAAACAAGAAUUGGGCAUAAGCCUGAUUUUCGUAUAAAGUCACCAUUAAUAGUUGAUGAAGUGGAAAUAUGUCUUAUGGAAGCUUCACGAGAUGCCCAUGUGAAAUUGUUGAGGAAGCUUACUAGAAGAGCAGGGGAAAUGAAAGACUUAGAAGAAGAGCUAAAUAAGGUUCCAGUGUUUGGUAUUCAAGUUGCUGGUGGAACUUUGGCAUGUUGGGUUAUGACUAUGCCAUUUGGUGCUUUCUACUUUGUUCAACGUCUUGCCUCAGUACAAAUUCCGAUGAAUCGGAGACAGUCUUCACUUACCGAAUUUAUGAAUGAAUUGUGGAAGUUGAGAGCAACUCUACGGAACCAUAUCCGUGCCCUUAAUGAAAUUAUAGAAAAAGUCGAUUCAUCUUUAUAUAAUAUAGCCAUUUGUUCUCCACAGGCUCGAGAAGAUUUUAAUUCAUUAUAUAAUGUAAAAACUGUUACAUUGGAAACGAAUCCGAAGAAUUCAACAGAGAAAAUUAUAUUUCAGAGAAAUACUCAAAACCCAUUCCAGAAAAAUACAAACUUAAUUACGCAAUAUAAAAUUUACUUACAAGUUCUAUUACUGUAUUGGGGUCUUCGAUUAGACGACCUUGGAUUAGAUGUUACUGGGUUAGAUGGUGUUGAGUUAGGUGGUGCUAGGUUGGGCGGUGCUGGGUUAGACGAUAUUGAAUUAGGUGGUGCUGGGUUGGACAGUGCUGGAAAACAAUUGUAG